UGGGGCGUGGUGACGAAGAUAGUUACCAUGGAGUUGCGCUGAGUAACCAGCAGGCAGUGGGACGCUGAGACCGGAGGGGAACAAUCCCUGAAGCCAGUGGAAUGAAUCCCUAAUGGUGGAGUUUCAGGCUUCAGUGACAGGCUGAACCCAGACUCCCAGGGCCCAUGCUUCCACCUGAUGAAUGAUGGCCUGAACUAUGAGCAAACGGGACUGUUUGAACACUUCGGUGCAGGAGCCUCCUCUUGACUACUCCUUCAAAAGCAUCCACGUGAUCCAAGAUCUGGUAAGCGAGGAGCCAAGGACAGGUCUACGACCAGUGAAGCACUCAAAGUCAGGAAAAUCACUGACCCAGUCCCUGUGGCUCAACAACAAUGUCCUCAAUGAUCUAAAAGACUUCAGCCAGGUGGUUUCACAGCUUCUGCAGCAUCCAGAGAACCUGGCCUGGAUUGACCUCUCCUUCAAUGACCUGACUUCCAUUGACCCUGUCCUAACAACAUUCUUCAACCUAAGUGUCCUCUACCUUCACGGCAACAGCAUCAUUCGCCUAGGGGAGGUGAAUAAGCUAUCUGUCCUCCCUCGUCUCCGAAGCCUGACUCUCCAUGGGAACCCCAUAGAGGAAGAAAAGGGGUACAGAAUGAACCUAGUCUUCCCAACUCACAGCCAAGCUCCCCUCCAUUCCUUGCUGUCAGAAGAGAUAGCAGCAACUGGUAGAGGGGGGGAGUCCUACUGUGGGGGCCUGCCCCCAGCCCAAGUCUUCCCCACAGGCAGUAUGUGCUGUGCAACCUGCCCCGCAUCACCACAUUCGACUUCAGUGGAGUCACUAAGGCAGACCGCACCACAGCUGAGGUCUGGAAACGCAUGAACAUCAAGCCCAAGAAGAUCCGGAUCAAGCAGGAUGUACUCUGAGAUUUGAAGGACCCCAGCACGCCUAAUGCCCUGAGGAUGAUCAG